UUAAGCAAGGGAGACCCAUUGAACACGAAAAUUCGCGUUGAUAUCAAACGCGUUGGCCCGGGCAGCAUCAAAUAUCUGCUGGAUUCUCUGCCCCUCCAACUUCUUUCCUCCUUCUCAUCCACUCUUCACCCCAUCCUCAGGGCUUUUCUCUUCUUGUCUUCGACGAUUUUAUCCUUUCCUUUUCUCAUUGCAGAGCUUUAGUACUUGAUCUAUUCAGUGAUUCCGUUAUACCCUAACCCUUGUCGUCUUUUCACCUGCCUUACCAAACUCUCCCCUUCACACGUCAAAAUGUUUGUCUACAAGAGAGACGGACGCAAGGAACGCGUACAGUUCGACAAGAUCACUGCCCGUGUUUCGAGGCUUUGCUAUGGUCUUGAUCCCGAGCAUGUCGAUGCUGCUGCAAUCACUCAGAAGGUCAUCUCUGGUGUUUACCAGGGUGUUACCACCGUUGAACUGGAUAACCUGGCUGCUGAGACCGCGGCAUACAUGACUACCACACACCCAGACUAUGCCAUUCUUGCUGCCCGUAUAGCUGUUUCCAACCUUCACAAGCAAACGAAAAAGCAAUUUUCGUUGGUUAUCUCAGACUUAUACCACUAUGUCAACCCGAAGAAUAAGAAACCUGCACCGAUGAUAUCACAGGAAACAUACGAGAUAAUCAUGAAGCAUGCCGAUGAACUUAACUCUGCCAUCGUGUACGACCGCGAUUUCAACUAUAACUUUUUCGGCUUCAAGACACUUGAGCGGUCAUACUUACUGCGGAUUGAUGGAAAGGUCGCCGAGCGUCCUCAGCACCUGCUGAUGCGUGUCUCUGUCGGAAUUCACGGUAAUGAUAUCGAGAAGGCUAUUGAGACCUAUCACUUGAUGUCUCAGAAGUAUUUCACCCAUGCGUCUCCAACAUUGUUCAACGCCGGUACCCCUCAGCCUCAGCUUGCUUCAUGCUUCCUUGUAGAUAUGAAGGAGGACAGUAUUGAAGGUAUCUAUGACACGCUCAAGACAUGUGCGUUGAUCUCCAAGACUGCCGGUGGUAUUGGUCUCAAUGUCCAUCGCAUCCGUGCUACUGGUUCCUACAUUGGUGGUACCAACGGUUCCUCUAAUGGUAUUGUUCCUAUGCUUCGGGUGUUCAACAACACUGCCAGAUAUGUAGACCAGGGGGGCAACAAGCGCCCAGGCGCUUUUGCUAUCUACUUGGAGCCUUGGCACUCCGAUGUCUUCGAGUUCUUGGAUCUUCGCAAGAACCACGGUAAGGAGGAAGUGAGAGCUCGUGACCUCUUCUAUGCUCUCUGGACUCCAGAUCUGUUCAUGAAACGAGUUGAAGCCAACGGCGACUGGACUCUUUUCUGUCCUAAUGAAGCCCCUGGCCUGGCCGACGUUUAUGGCGACGAAUUUGAGGCCCUCUAUGAAAGAUACGAAAAAGAGGGCCGCGGCCGUAAGACCAUCAAGGCUCAGAAGCUCUGGUAUGCUAUCUUGGAAGCCCAGACCGAGACUGGAAACCCUUUCAUGUUGUAUAAGGAUGCUUGUAACAAAAAGAGCAACCAAAAGAACCUGGGAACUAUCCGCAGCUCUAACCUCUGCACCGAAAUUAUCGAGUAUACAGCCCCGGAUGAGGUUGCUGUUUGCAACCUUGCUUCCCUCGCCCUUCCCACAUUCGUUGAUGCUGUCCGUGGUGAAUACGAUUUUGGCAAGCUUCACGAAGUCGUGCAGGUGUUGGUUCGUAACCUGAACAAGAUCAUUGAUAUCAACUACUAUCCUGUCCCUGAGGCGGCGAAGAGUAACUUCCGUCACCGCCCUAUUGCUCUUGGUGUCAAUGGUCUGGCUGAUGCCUUCCUUGCCUUGCGUUUGCCAUUCGACUCGCCCGAGGCGAAGCUGCUUAACACCCAGAUCUUCGAGACGAUCUAUCACGGAGCUUUGACUGCUUCGUCAGAACUGGCCAAGCAGUUUGGAACGUAUGAGUCGUAUGAAGGCUCCCCCGUCUCCCAGGGCAUUCUUCAGUAUGACAUGUGGGACCGGACCCCUACCGAUCUCUGGGACUGGGACUCUCUCAAGGCGAAGAUCGCCCAAACCGGCGUGCGCAACAGCUUGUUGGUGGCACCUAUGCCUACCGCAAGCACCAGUCAGAUCUUGGGCUUCAAUGAAUGCUUCGAACCUUACACCUCAAACAUCUACUCCCGUCGUGUCCUGGCGGGUGAGUUCCAGGUCGUCAACCCUUGGCUUCUCAAGGACUUGGUCGAUCUUGGUCUGUGGUCGGACAACAUGAAGAACCGUAUCAUUGCUGAGGGCGGCUCCGUCCAGAACAUUCCUAACAUCCCCGCGGACAUCAAGGCCCUCUACAAGACUGUGUGGGAAAUUUCCCAGCGUUCGAUCCUGCAGAUGGCUGCGGACCGUGGUGCCUUCAUUGACCAGUCCCAGUCGCUCAACAUCCAUCUCAAGGAGCCGACUAUGGGCAAGAUCACCAGCAUGCACUUUGCUGGCUGGAAGAUGGGCUUGAAGACCGGCAUGUACUAUCUCCGUACCAUGGCUGCCUCUGCUCCCAUCCAGUUCACCGUGGACCAGGAAGCGCUCAAGGUGGCCGACACCAACGUCGCUCGCGCCAAUGCCUCGUUCAAGAAGAGAGCCGCUGGUGCUGCGUCCAACACAUACUCUGCUGUUCCUCGCUCUCCCACAAGCCCGACCAACGGACAAGCCAAUGGCUCUGUCGAGUCCAGUGCACGUGCGGAGGAGACCGGAAAUGGGGCUCCCGAGAACGAGGACGACGAGAAGACGAGCGAAGAGCGUGAGAAUGACAUCUAUUCUCAGAAGGUUCUCGCCUGCAGCAUUGAGAACAAGGAGGCCUGCGUGAUGUGCCAAGGCUAAACAUAUUAUAUAUAAUGACUGGGUUUGCAAUAGGCGUGUGGAUAAGGAUCUGACGUUUGUAUGUAUUGAUAUCAUGAGUUUGAUGGACACUGGGUAUUGAUUUUUACUGUUGGUUUUUCUUCUUCUCUUGCGGGUUUUCUGUUAUUAUUGGGUACGUGUACUUAAAAACCUUAACGGGUCUGUUUUUCUCUCUAUUUCAACGUCCUGGGACGGUUUUGAUGGCAAAAAUGUGAUUUACAUAGAAUGAUUAGGAAUUCAUUUUUUUUUUAUUCCUGAAGAAUCUCUUGAGA